AUGACCAACUCCGUCAAUGCUGCACCUCGCCCUUUCAAUGUCGUCAUUCUUUCAGACCCACCAGUUGAGCUUGAGAAACUGAGAUCUGAUCUCGACGCUGUAAUGCGAUUCACCCAUGAGCGCCAGCUGGCUCUAGAACAACAAUUGGAAUCAGGACCAGAUGUUGCAACUAGGAUACCGAUCAAAUCGCCAACACCAGGCCCUCCAGGGAGGUUAUCGCUAGCGCGUUUGUCCGAUCGCGCCUUGACGCGAAAGGUUUUUCGUAGCGCGGAUGAUUGUUUCGGCCUUCUAUCGACAGGUUCCUCCCUAGAAACACAUGAACUAUACGAGGCACUGAAGUUCCUUGCAAGCGGGCCAUCUGAACGUCGAAGUGCAUUGGCAGAUGCCCGUUUUGCCGAUAUGCUCUCUCAGGUAGAAAGCAGAUUACCCAGCCUCAAUUCGUCAUAUAUGGGCAACUUUGCCUUAAGAAUUGCAGCAAUAGUUCAAUCUGCUGGUAGUGGUAAAUCUACCAAUGCCGAUCUCGGCCGUUCUGUGCUGUCUAAAAUCGCUUCGACAAUUGUGGAUACAGGUGGUCAGUUGCGCGAGCUGUCACAGGUUGCCUAUGCGACGUCUGCUACUGGUGUGGAUUCUGACGCUAUAUUUGAGUAUUCCAAACAGAAGUUAACCGCUGAGAUCGAUUCUGCAACUCCAGAUGCCCUAAAUUUAGCGCUUCAAACCGCAUACAAGAGAGGAUCACGUGACAAAAUCUAUUACGCCUUGCUAUGUGAAAAACUAUGCGAACUCACAGAUAGGUUCACCGCAAGUGAUGUCAUGUAUACUCUUCGGGCACUUGCUAAAACAGGGCUUUUGAAAGGUUUUUUGUUACGACGAUUAUCAACACUCAUUAUGGAUAACCUGGAUCAGUUUAGCGCUGAACAGUUAUCUGAGGCAACAUAUCGUCUCAGUCAGCUGAAAUUUUUGACUCCAGCAAACUAUUCCCGUAUUUUCACGGUAGUAGAACCAAAAAUAGAAUCUCUGCCUAACCAUCUACGGUUACAGCUGCUGGCAGCAGGAUGCCUUUCUGAACGUGAGGAUCGCACUGCAUUAGAGCGCCUUUUAGAUGGUCUUGAAUAUAAGAAUGGAUGGGAUUUAUCCGGUUGUAUCGAUUAUGUGUACUCCAGUGCUUACCUGCGACGUUACGGCGAGCAGUUGCCACGUGUCCUAGAGGCAGUGUCAAACCACCAUCCGUCCCUUACAAGGAGAUAUGCAUUGCUUUUGAAGGAGGCAGUUGAUUCCUUUGAGGUUGAGUCUGCACCAGUACAAUUUGACUUGGGUGCUCGGUGGCGUGAUGCUUUGUCUAACUUCGAGAAUACGGAAAGUGAACUUACUAAGAACACUCCAACCUUCCAAGAGGUCCGAAAGAUAUUACAAGGUGCAUCUAACAACUUUGCUGAGUCUCAGAAAGUCGGUCCAUUUACGGUACCGUUCGUGGAUCAAGAACGUAAACUUGUCAUCUUGGUUGAGUUUGCUAGUAAUAUGAGCAACUUAACAGUAAAGAAACGGUGCAUCGAGUCCUUGGGUUACAGUGUGGGAGUCGUGAGAUAUUGGGAAUGGCGUCGGCUUAAAACAGAGAGACAAGAGCUGGAGUAUGCAUUUAGAUUAUUUGACACUCGUAGAAAGGGUAGUCUAAGUUUUAGUGAGCUUAAGAGGUUACUCUCUAGCAUUGGUAUUAAUCUGAGUCGCCGCGAGCUGAGUUACCUCCAAAUGGAGGAAGAUAUUCGUGGUACGUUUGUGUUGGAGGAUGUGUUAGCUCUAGGCGCAUCUUUCUAUUCUGACACUGCCAUCCGCGAGCGUCUGGUACAAGCUUUUGAUGCCCAUUUUCCUGGACAAGAUGCUGUUAGCCGGAAUGAAUUGGAAGCACUACUAAUUAAGAUGGGUAUGAUUUGUGUUUGGUUAUCAUCACAGUGUGCAGGUCGCCGUCUAAUGGUAGACCCUUCUGAGAUUGAGGCCUGCUUAAAUGUCCAUUUAGACGGAACAUCUAAACGUGAUAUAUCUAUUUCAAGUUUUAUAGAUAUGGGCUUGACGCCCUUUAUUUCGGUAUCACUAUCGUUAGUGUCAAUUUUAGGUUUACAUGAAUCUCUAUGUUAUACGUUGAUGAACACGGUCCCGUGGCGUCUAUCACAAGUCCGUAAUACGUCCUUCUUAGGGGUUAGCCGACCACUUUUUUACAAUAGACACGCUCAGAGUCGAUUUAGAACAUCUACAAACCUUCUGGAUCGACGUAAUAAAGCCAUUUUAUCAAGUAGUACACAUCUGUCAGGGUCAUCUGUACCUGGCGAUCCUACACUUGUGGUCUGCAACUGGAAAUGUUAUCCGACCCCUUCUGUGGCAAGGGAACAUAUCCAGCGGUUUGCUAAGAGUCGUAAAUUGCCUAAUGUAGAGCUGCUGACGGCGCCAUGCUCGGUAUAUCUACAAGAUAUGGUAGCGGCAUAUACCGCUGCCGGAAGCUCUUGCAUAGUAUGUAGUCAGGACGUUAGCGCCGCUCCGUUAGGAUAUGGUCCUUUUACAGGCGACGUCACCGCUGGACUUCUGAAAGAUAUAUAUGCUAACGUAUCUAAUGCCGACGAUCGUAUAGUUGUGGCAUAUGAACCAGGAAGUUCAGUCGGUACUGACCGUCCUGUUGCCGCAGAAGAGGUAAACGAGACCAUAGAUUGGAUAAAACGCAACGCACGCUGCAACCUCCGACACACACGAUUUAUAUAUGGAGGAUCGGUUGACCAAUCAAAUGCUAUCGAAUAUAUACGUCAACCUCAUGUUGACGGUAUUAUGGUCGGCCGGCUCUGGCAGCGCCCAGAUUUUUUGGAGUUGUUGAAUCGUAUUUCUGAGUCUACAGACUAA